UUCGUUGUGUUGUUAAGAAGGUUGUGGUGUAUUGUGUAGCCGGAACGGUAUAAAAGUUAAUCAAUGAAACGCAUUUUUGGUGAAUAGACUUUCGAAGUUGGUUUUUACUUACCGCUAAAAGUUUAAGAAAAAGUUUCAAAAGGGAUUUUGGAAAGUAACCAAAACUCUGUUAAGGCAAUUUAAUAUAGCAACAAUAGAGGCAUGGCAGCUUGUGUGUGGUAUAGUUUAUCGGUUUACCCCCUAACCGGAAAAGGAAACAAAUUUUAACACGCUUGAGAGGUAUUCGGUUGUGUUGAAUAAUGAAAAUAAUAUACCAGACAUUAUUGUGGACAUUGUGGUUUCUUGACCAAAAAGGUUAUUCAUAAUAAAGCCAGCCAAGGUUAAGAACAGUCAUAGACUGAAGUGGAUGAUUUAAAAUAAAAAAAAAUUGAAGUGAAAAAGUAGCUAAUUAAAGUGAGUUGGAAAUGAGUGUUAAAGGAAAUGAUUCGACAAAUUAGAAAAUGUAAUUUUUUGUAAAACAAAAUCAGAAAAAAAUAUAUAAAUUCGUGGAUGUUAAGUAAUUAAACGAAAUAAAAUGCAAACAUGUGGUUGUUUCUGGUGCUGCUAAUAUUUCGGAUAACUAUUGUAUUUGGUCAAUCUCCAAUAAUCGAUUCGCGAUGCUACUUAGAUGGUGGAGGAUCGGCAGAAAGUUUUCUAGCUAGCGAGGAUAUGACGGUGGGAUCAGUUAUAGGCAAACUACGCGUUAAGGGAAAUCCAAGCGAAAAUUUGGGUGAUAUUAAUAUUAGUCUACGGGAAAAAGGAUCACCGGUUAAAAUUGCUCCCGGCACCAAAGACAUUGUCCUGAUCAUGCCUCUGGACAAAGAAGGUAUAGCAGGUCCAUCAUCUGUCUAUGUCAAUGUCAUAUGCGAUCGCAGGCACUCAACCGAUCCGAGUUUCGUCAUACCUGUUAAUAUUCGUGUCACCGAUGUCAAUGACAAUGCUCCCGAAUGGAUUGGAGCACCUUAUUCAUUACAUUUAUCGGAAGUAACCGUUCCAGGCACCAGAAUUUUACAAGGUGCACGAGCAGUGGACAAAGAUCAACAGGGUGCAUUCGCAACGGUAGAAUAUCAAGUGUUAAAGGGACCGUUUUCGGAUUACGUGUCGUUUGUCACUCCGCUCGAAGGAACACUUGUGCUGCGAAAAUCAUUAGACUACGAAGCGUUAAAGAAUUUCACGGUGAUGUUACGCGCACAAGACCAAGGCACUCCACCGAAAUUCUCCGACACAACGCUACGAGUUGUGGUUGAAGAUGCUGACGAUCAGAAUCCAAAAUUUUUGCGUGAUUCAUAUCGAGCUGAAUUGUUGCCGGAUGGUAAAACUGGUGAAUUGAAAAUACUGCCGGAACCAAUGAAGGCUGUUGAUCAGGACGAAGGGCUAAAGGCUCCAGUUCAGUACACCUUAAUGCAAUCAGUCGAGUCGAAGCACUUUGCAAUCAAUUCUCGAACUGGAGCAAUUAAUCUUGUUACGCCACUGCCGUCAGCCGAGAUGAUGCAUGGAAUAACUCUUGUGAUAAAAGCUACUCAAUUGAACAAUGUGGAUCGCUACGCUCUGACCACAUUGAUUCUAUUCCGCAAUGAAGGCCACCAAACGAAACCAAUCAACACCAGACUAACGUUCCUCCAAUCGAAAUUCCAAACAAAAGUCCCGGAAAAUUUAAGUGUUGGAAGUCGCUUGCUAGCCCUGCCCACCAAUCAUCCGCGACGUCAUCUGCAGUAUCUCAUUUCCGAUCAUAAGGCAGCGAAUCAAUUCUCAAUGGGGGCGUUAGGUGAAAUCAUUCUCCAACAACCACUCGACUAUGAGAAAUCAGCACAACAUCGAUUUACUGUUAUGGCUACCGAUGGCAUAUCAAACGCAACGACAGAGGUCAAUAUUGAUGUGAUGGACGUUAAUGACUGGGAACCACGCUUCCGACAAGGUCAUUAUGAGUUUGUGGUCACGAAAGGUGCAAAUGAACCAGUACCACUGGGAAAACUAGAGGCGGCUGAUGGUGACAAAAAUGAUGGAGUCAGUAUAGCCAUUCGUGGCGCUCAUGCUCAUUAUUUUGAUGUUGAUAGUGAAGGAAUGCUGUGGAUGAAACAAAUGCCGAAUGUUACAUUAGUACAUCUGCUGGCGACCGCAACGGACACUGGGAUACCGCCGAAAAGUAGUUCCGUUCCGGUCACAAUUGCUAUGGAAAACGUAACAACGUUACAGUCGAGCUGGGCAUCAGGAAUUCUAGGCGUUUUCGGUGCUGUGAUUGCUCUAUUCAUUCUCGUCAUCACGGCUAUGUCAAUAUACAUCUACAAACAGAAAAAACCGAACGGUAAAAAUCGCAUUCACAGUCACGACAGCAGUGUAUCUGCAGCAAAUUUGGUAAAUCACGAGAAAGCGGUUAGCGGAGCUAAUUUCUUGGGUAAUAGCAACAUUAGAAUGGCUAAUCCAUUGAACAACAAUAAUAAUCAUGGCGGAUCGGGCAGUAGUAUCAGUGCUGGAGCGUCAACGAUUUUGGCAGCAAGUUUAGAACGGGAAGCACAACGCGAAAGAGAACGAGAGAAAGAUAAUUACACUGCGACAGUUCGAAGCAUUAUUUCACGAGCAUCAGCAGCCAGAGGCGGUCAAUUGUUCGACAACGAUAUGGAUAGAGACUCCAUAUCCAAUUCUGACAUUGCACGACCCGUUGUGUGGAAUGUUACUCAAGAGGACAAUCCAGAGGAUGGUAGAGGCUUUCAGCGAGCGAAAAAGUUAAGUUGGAGCAAUGGCGGUGCUGGUCCGAUUGUGGUAAAUGGUCAUAAGACAAUGAUGUUUCAGACUGAUUUGAUGGCUUCCACCGACAAUAUGGGAUCCACGGAAAAUAAUCUCACAGUUUACUUUUAAGACUCGACAUUCUAAAUGGGUAUUGUAAUUGCAUUUAGCAUCGUUUGCUGCUUUUUUUGUACAGAAAAGUUUUAAUUUUAAUUGUUGCAAUGUUUCGAUGAAUUUAUAACGGGAAAAGUUUUUUUUUAUUUAGUGGAAAACUUUGAAAAUAAACGAACGGGGAAAAAGU